AUGGUGAAGCCCGGGGGCCCAACAGCAGAGGUGGCCGAUUGGCCGGAGCACGGUGGCGAUGAUAGUGAAGGAGGAGGCCCGGUGGCGGCAAUUAUGCUGGUGGAGGAGGCUGGAGCGUGGCGGUGGAAUAAGAGCUCGACCUGGCGAGAGGAGAAAUUGGAGUACACCCUGCUUAAACACUUGUGGCGGACCCCGAGAUUAUUGACAGUAAAGCCACUUCAGGUAUCUCAGGAGUUCUGCUUUAUGGAAAGAGUAAAUAAAAAGAAACAAAGCUGGUCUCCCCCUCCUAGCAAGCUCAGGCCCAUGAACAAAAUGGAGGACUCAGGAGUCUGCAUGCUGGAGACCUUCAUCCAACUGGUGAGCAGAGGGGACCAAGCGGCCAACAGGUUCCCUGUCAUGGAUUUCCAGACGGGCCCUCACCAGGAAGGAAGAGGCAGCUCUGUACUGCUCUGCUGCCUGUACUUCUACCUGAUCAUGUGCCAUAACCUCAGCCUGCUCUGGGAUUCUGAUAUAUUAUGUCUUCAUUCUGCAGUUGUGUCUGGGAAGGUUCUUCUGAAAGAUGGAUGUGCCCAGGGUCCAGAGUUCUGGUGCCAGGAUCUAGCAAGUGCCCUUCAGUGUGGAGCAGUGGACCAUUGCAAGCAGAAUGUGUGGAAGGAAGGACUGGACCCGUUAUGCAUCCAGUGUAAGCAGAUGGUCUCAUUAUUCAUCAGCAUGGUGAAGUCAUCUCCUCUCCAGACCUCUAUCAAGGAAUAUUUGCACAAACAGUGCAAUCACUACCCUCUGGAUUUAUUCCUGGGCCAGUGCAAACAGCUGGUGGAUCAAUAUGAAAGUGCCCUGAUUGACACCAUGGAAAAAUGGCUGAUCCUGGUGGCAUUAGACAACAUUGACCCCAGAAAUCCAUCUGUAAUCUGCUCUAAGUUCUCCCUUUGUCCUCGCGACCAGUCUGAUGACUUGAAGCUGGACCUGAUAAGUGACUCUGUCCUGCUGGAAAAUAUCUUGUCUGUUGUCCAUGAAAAUGUACAGACUAUGCAUGACAAAAUCAGCAAGUAUCGGUACAUAAAUAUUAGUAGUGUACUCAUGCAUGCUAUUUCAAUACUUUGCAUUGUGUUACAGAAUAUGAAGGAAGACUGGCCGAUCCCAAAGCCAAUGUGCUGGAUGUGUAAAUCGUUUGUUUCUAAAUUUGAGGCAGCAAUCCCGGUGAGUGCCAUUGCAAAGAGUGCGUCAGCUCUGUGCCUAGCCCUUCCCGGAAAGAUUGCUGGAGUGUGCCAGUGUUUGAUUGAGAAGUACACAGUGAUUAUACUGGACACCGUACUGGGAAAACUGGGUCCAAAAUUGGUGUGUGGACUACUACUCAUGUGUGUUACUGAAGAGAACUGCGAGGCAGAUCUGGAAUAUGACCUCAGCUGUGAAACCUGCCUGGCCGUCACCUCCCUUGUGAAGCCGAUGGCUACCAAAAAUGUGACUCAGGAGCACAUCGCCAAGUCGCUCUCCAGAGUGUGCCCCGAACAGAUGGACUGGAAGGAGUGUCAUGUAUUCCUGCAAGAGCACCAGAAGGAACUGUCUCAGCUUCUCCUCAAACCUUGGGACCACAUGAAAACCUGCCAGGUAGUCGGGGCCUGUCCUGCAGCUUCUACAGCCAUCACAGAGGACUCUGGGUGUGCAGCUGGGCCAUCCUAUUGGUGUCAAAACCUGGACAACGCAAGAGAGUGCAAUGCCAUCGGACACUGCCUGGCCAACGUGUGGCACUAAGGACCUGCUUUCUUCAAGAGCACAUUACAAAGCACUUUGCGAAUAUGAGCCUGAACACUUUCCUGUUUUACUUCA